GGGACCGAAGUCAAAGAAACCCAUCAUCAUCCAUGGCAUGACCAUGAUGUACUACCUCACCUGUUCUGGUUUUUCGUUUGUCGCACAGACUAUACUCCGAAAAUUAUUCGAUCCAUGUUUCAGAAUGUGUGAACAAACUUUCUCUACAGCAUCUCCAAAAUGGUCCUGAACAAGAAGAGAGACCAACUUUAGUUGCAGAGAAGACAUUUCGGGAGUGCACGAAUAUCGAAUGCACGUUGAGAAUCAAUGGAAACAGAUGUUCCGAACAGGCGUUUACCGUCUAUUGACUUUUAAUCAAGCAAAGACACUCGACUGUUGGCUCGCACACGUACAACACACUGUACAGUAGUCAUAGCGCACAUUUAUAAACGACUGCAUGAAAGUCUAACUUUAUGGGUCUUUUCAUGUGUCAGCUGAUUCACGAACCUUGUCCUUGAGAUUUGUUUAACAACAUCACAUUUACUGAUUUAGAACAGAGGUACAAGAAUGGACUCCAUCAGUACAGCCCCUCGGGACCAGCUAUUGACAGAACUUCAUCGCUGUGCAAGUCUUGGAGAAACGGCCCAUGUUUCUCGAAUGGUGCAAGGAAUGAGGAAACUUGGGCUGGAUAGUCGCAAUGAACAAGGGUGGACAGCGCUGAUGUUGGCCGCCAGGAACGGGCAUGUAGAUGUCGCCAAGAUCCUGUUACAAAAUGGGUGUGAUCCAUUUCUACCCAACAAAUCAGGUCAGAACUCUUUGGAUAUUGCUGAGUUCUGGGACCAUACUGAAGUCAUCAAUCUACUAAGGAGUGAUCCUCAGAUCAAAGAAGUUGCCAACAAGGACCUGGUCAACUUCUUUGGCCUCAACCCACUUGAUCGCCAGAGCCACCAAAGAACCAACAAACAGUGGAUAAGGGAUGCCAUGCAAGCACCCACAACUACCUAUAUCCUGUACAGAUACUUGAAUCCAUACAUCAUCCCUUCUGAGGACAGCAAUGGAAUGUUCCAGUACAAUCUUGCUGCAUACUCCUAUAAGGAAAUCUCCUUUGCCUUGAAAGAGGAAGCUUCCAUUAUAUUCCUAGGGGUAGGUCCACUGCACCUUCCAAUGAACAAGGAUGGAGACAUGCAAGAGAAGAGCUCCGAAGGUGCCUGGUUUGCUGUGGAUGUUACCGAUAUUCCUUCAGAAGAUCUGCAGAAGAUCAAACCUGAAGCAGAGAUGUUACCCAAGAGGAAUCGCAUGGCUUUAAUGCUUCUGAGUCCAGCAGAUGCUGGUAUCAUCGGUCAGGGGAGGUCCAUGUUGGCAUGGCAUGACAGAUACAAGUUCUGCCCUACCUGUGGUGCAUCUACUACCACGGCAGAGGCAGGAUAUAAACGAGUCUGCACAAAAGAAGGUUGUAGAAGUCUUAACGGAGUUCAUAACACUUGCUACCCACGCUUAGACCCAGUGGUUAUUAUGCUUGUAGUUUCUGAGGAUGGGAAGAGCAUUUUAUUAGGAAGGAAGAAGGGCUUCCCAGGAAAGAUGUAUUCUUGCUUGGCAGGCUUCAUGGAACCAGGCGAGACCAUCGAGGAUGCUGUCAGACGUGAGACCAAAGAAGAGAGCGGGAUCAUCGUUGGUAAGGUACAGUAUCACUCCUCCCAACCAUGGCCGAUGCCUUCCCAGCUGAUGAUAGGAUGUAUCGCCAAGGCAACCACUUCCAAGAUCACGGUAGAUGAAGAUGAGCUGGUGGAUGCUCGUUGGUUUACUAGGCACGAGGUGAUUGAGAUGCUUGGAUCAUCAGGAGACUUGGGUUCGACCAGAGGAGGGAUGUUUAUACCACCGGGGUCAGCUAUAGCUCAUCAGUUAAUCAAACACUGGGCAAAGAUGUCUCCAAACCUCUGAUAGAUUCUUCUUUUCUAUACCAGUAACAGGGAUGUAGUCCAGGCCGGUUCUUCUAAGUCACAAGGCAGACUGAGAAAUCCUUCUCCUGUAGACUUUGUACAUGUGACUCGGCCCCAAGAUUGGCCUCAACUACAUCCCUGACCAGUAAUCAGGCAAAAUCAAGUAAAUGGAAUGAAAACUAGUGAUACUCAGGUCAAGGAGAUAAUGAAAUUGCUAUGGGCAUUAAUCAGUGCAUUGUGACAGAUUUAGAUACUAUCAAAUAUGUUCUAAAGUGAAAAUUACCAGGAUAUUUUAGAAAAGUUGAUGAAAAUUAUGAUGAAGUGUCAAGACUUUGUUUUUGCACAUUUGAAUAAUGCUGAUGUUUGUAUACUAAAUCUUUGUGAUAUGAAUAGAACUUUGUCAAAUUUAUAACCGAGAACAGUGUGUUAGUCAAUUUAAAAGAUGGCAAAAAGAAGCUGCUGAAAACUGCUUAUCUAAUAAAAGAGAGCCAAUGGAGUAAAUUAGAAAGUCAAAAAGGGGCCUAAGCUUUCGAUCCUAGCAGAAUCUUCGUCGGAGGCAAAAUGACAAACAUAUAAAGUGGAACAACCAUAAUAUACAUGUCAAUUUAAAAGAUGGUGGUAUUAGAUGGGAAAUGGAUCAGGUUUCGAGGGUAGUUGUUACAAUCCACCAAGCCCCUCCCACUAAAAAAAUCAGAGCAUACCCAUAUAUUGCAAAGUUAUACAAAAAUCCACCCUGUGCCAGAUCCUUUAAUUUCAAUCCCGGAUUUCAAUAUAAUAAUGCACAAAACCCUUCAUGAUCAACCCAGUUGCUUUGUCCCCUUUGGCCUUAACCCUAAUUUAACUGGGCCAUUUUCCUAAACUUCAAAGUAAAAAGACUUAAAGUAACCAAGCGGUGUGGAAACAAAAAUUUACAUGGCAGCAUAGUCAUGAAAUUUGUCAAGUGGGGGUCAAAUUGCCCUGCCUGUUCUCACCCUACUCUCCAUAAAAAGUCCUGCUGUGAUCAUUGUAUGUCAUUGAUGCAUGCACUAUUCAAGUUGUUAGAUGAAACUCAAGAGUACUUUAAAUUUCUUUGCUAGAUAUCCUGGCAUUAUUCCUCUUGUCAAAUCCAUGUACAGUACUAUAUUUGUCCAUGAAGUCAUUGCUCUAUGUAGCACUACUCAAUGAAAUUUAGAUUGUAUCACUCAAUUGUGCAAUAAUUAAACAAUUAUACUUAUUAUGCAAUCUCACUCUCACAUCACUGACAGCUGAUAUUACCAGUACAACGAUCACUGUAGUAGUAGGUCCAUGCUGUAGUUAACCUGGGCAAUUCGUUUAUACUGUGUAGCCUAUAGAGGGCAGUCUUUCUCUUGAUCUCAAGCUAAAGUUCAGUUUGUUUGGGUUUUUUUUUUUCAGAGGAUCAGCAGAACAAAUCCAGAUAUAAUGGCAUUGAAAACAACAGCCCCCCCCCCUGCUUCCAUAGGGCAAAAGAUAUGAGGGAAAACAGAUUUGUUUUGUUUCUCAAAGGACAAUGUACUUAUAAAUAGGUUUGUGUCUCAAUUACCACAAUCAAUAAUCAUGUCUUGACCCUGUAUCCUGUAAAGAAAUUGAUACAUAUAUAUUUCAUCGAGGUAUUAUGUAAACCAGUUUUCAAAAGACUUAUCACUUAGAAUCAAAAGUACUAGUAUAAUAAAUGUUACAGGGGCUAUGGGGGUUGUUUCAUAAAUUUGUCCAUAAGUAAUCCUUACUAGACUGCGACAGGUCUGGAAGGCCCCCCCUUCCAGAUUUCGCACAAUAUUUUCAGAAAAUGAAAAGCUCGAGUGACAGUAUUUCAUGACUUUUUUCGCUCAAGACUACCUCAUCUCUUACGACCAAAUUUGCCGUGCUGGGAAUUUAAAAAAAGGCAUAAGUUUGAACAGGCAUGUCAGACCAAAA